AUUUCUUUGACGGCGCAAGUCAUAAGUACCUCUUUAUAGUCCUUUCUCUCUCUCUUGUGAUUCGAUUGGUGAGCGAAUAACUUGAUUCGGUACCGAGAGUGGCUUCAGAGAGCCUGCUUGACUGGCUGGCUGGCGCUUCGAGUGCCGAACCUUAACCAGCAUCAUACAAAUCACUUUUUUUCUUCCUUUUUCCUCUCUUUGUGGGGAAACCCAGUGCAUAUAAAUAUUGAAGGAUCCAACGUCGAGAGAUAAUAGAAGAGGGGGGGGCGCCAAUAAUAAUAAAAUGUUUAGCCUUAAGUUUUGGACAUGGCUUAGUUAUGGGGAAAAGCGGCCGGUGUUUUUGGAGUUUAGGAGCAGCCAGGGAUUUAUUGUUACCGCAAUGUCCCUAGCGGUCUUCACUGAUAUUUUUCUUUAUGGAUUAGUCAUUCCUGUAUUCCCAUUCGCAUUGGAGAAACGGGCGAAUGUUCCCCACGAUGAUGUUCAGCGAUGGAUCUCGGUCUUGUUGGCAGUGUACGGGGCCGGCCUUUUUAUAGCAUCUCCUGUAUGCGGGUACCUUGCAGAUAUAAGCAGCAACAGACGAUCAUCGCUACUGGCUGGCCUUCUGGCACUUUCCGGCGCAACAGUUCUGCUCUGUGUAGGAUCCAAUAUUACUGUUCUCGCCAUUGGCCGAUUCCUCCAAGGAGUUUCGGCCGCGGUAAUAUGGACGGUUGGGUUGGCACUCAUUGUCGAUACUGUGGGUAAGGAUGAGGUCGCGCAGAGUAUGGGGGUUGUGAGUGUCGCCAUGAGCGGCGGUAUCUUUUUGGCGCCCCUACUGGGCGGUAUUGUCUACGAUAAGUGGGUUCUUCACAAGCGGGCCGUCCCUGGCAUAUUCGCAAUGGCUUUUGGCAUGCUAACACUUGACAUUGUUCUGCGACUCGUCAUAAUCGAGAAGAAGAUUGCAGCGAAAUAUCUACCCAAAAAAGUAGAAUCCGGUGGGCCCUCUCCAGGAGCGGGCCCCAACGGGAUGCUUAUGAGAGGGGGAAAGGGCUCCGAACCUCCGAAAUCCCCCAGCGAGAGAAGCGACUUGAUUCAAAUACCCAAGAAUGCCCACACCCACACGCCUGAUAACGGGGAAGGGCCCGCUAACGAUAAUGAGAAUAGCUCCAACGAUAUCGAAGCAGGACCCACAAUCCUGAAGAAGGGCAGCAGGAUACCGCCAAUCAUCAGAAUCUUGAAGUAUCCUAGACUCCUAACGGCGCUUUGGGGAACAGUCGUUCAGGCAGUAAUUAUGACAUCGUUGGAGACGACAUUGCCCCUGCGCGUUCGGGAACUCUUCGAUUUCAACGCAACAGGGGCAGGACUAAUCUUCCUCGCGGUCGUUCUUCCAACUUUCCUCGCUCCCCUCGUUGGUUGGGUAUGCGAUAAAUGGGGAACACGCUGGGUUCAAACCGCGGGCUUCAUUCUUUGCUGCCCUUUCUUCGUCUUCUUGCGAUUCCCGGACCACAACAGCGUCUCCCAGAUAGUCCUAAUGUGCGCUAUCCUCGCCUUGAUCGGAAUUGGGCUCGUGUUGGUCCUGCCCACUAUGAUGGCUGAGAUCAGUCUAUUCCUCGACGAGGUGGAAGAAAAGAACCCGGGUAUACUCGGUAGUAACGGGGCUUAUGCGCAAGGGUAUGGAUUGUUCAGCGUUGCGUUUUCCGCCGAAUUAUCCUUUGGGGCUGAAGCGCUGACGAUAUUUCGCAAAGCCGGAUUCCUCAAGGAUGCCGUGGGAUGGAACAAUAUGGUUUGGACAAUUGGUUUGCUCCCCACCUUCCUUGUCGCGUCGUGA